AUGCUGAACGAUGAGGAACAGCUCUGCUUGUCUUCAACCCAAAAUAGUUACCCUGCUCCUUCAGAGUUGAUCCCAGAGAGUAAAUGUUCAGAUUUAUGCCAAGCAGAUGUGAUUGAAGAUCAUCCAUCUUGCCAAAACUCAGACAUCCUUGAACAGCAUACAGAUGAUGAUGAAGUAGAUGAUAAUGAGGUGUCUACAGAUUCCGCUAACACCAACAAUCAUUUAGAUGUAGAAGUAUUAAAUGGUUCCUCUCAACCUGUACAAAGUAAUAGCAAGGAUGCUUCAGAAAUUUCCAUACCUGCACCUGAGCUUGAUACCGUGGAUAAUCAUAUAAACAAUAAUGGCACCAAUGGUAAUACUUUCCAGGAUGUUACACUGACAGAAGUUAGUAUAUCAGAUGAACUGAGCCACGAAUUUGUAUCAGAAGAUGCAAGGAAAGAAACUGCUUUGCUUGAUGAUUCGACCUGUCCCACAAUUCCCCUCAUUUCAAGUCCUGACAAGCCUGAUGAGGAACAUGCUGACACUAAUGGUUUUGGCGAGAGUACUAAUGUCUCAGAUGAUCUCACUGACAGCAUCUUAACUGAUAGUGAAGAGAAAGCUGUUGAGGAGAUUGAAAAUGCAGUGAACAGUAAUCCAACUGGCAUUGCCAAAACUCUUGGCAACAGACUCCUACAGUUUAGCAAAUCAGUUUCUCCACCUGCUACUAUCUCAUUUGAUAAUUUCGAAACCCCCAAGCCAAGUCUCAGAUCAAAGUUCUCUAGCUUAAAUAAUCUAGCGAGUAGGUUAUUGGAUUCAAAAUCGAAGGAUCCGAUUCCCAUGACAUCGUCAAGCAUGACUGACUUAGACAAAUUUAAUGAGGAACAGUAUGUUCCUUACUUGCGCAAAAACACAAGUAGCACUGAGGGUAUCAGCAUUACUUCAAAUUCAGAUGACUUUGACGCUUAUGAUGCAGUGAAAAAAGAAGCUGCAUCUUUAGAUGAAAGUGUAGAAGAUGAGUUUUCUCGCGACAAUACUCCUCCUAUAUCCAAUGAAGAACUGCAGAAACUUGUUAAAAAGCUAGAGUAUGAACUAGAUGUAGCUAAUGGUACUAUAAAGCAUGUUUAUGAAGAAUCAACCAAAAAAUUGCAUGAGGUGUCAAUGCAAUAUGAGUCCAAAAUAUCCCAUAUUGAUAGGAAGUUUAUAGAAUGUAUAAAAGAGAAAGAUAUCAUGAAAUCCAGCUUGGACGAAAGCCUAGAUGCACGCCGAAAGCUGCAAUCCAAUAAGGAAAAUUUGAUUAAAAAUUUGUCCAAUCAAGCUGAUGAAAACGAGAGAUUGAGAGCAAAACUCCACAUGUCCACAGAUGAUUGUGUCAAACUCAAGAAAGAACUUGACUUAAAGGCAUAUGAACUUUCAGAGGUUAAGAAAGUCAUGAAAAGAUGUCAGGAUGAUCUGAGUUCAGCUUCCAUAAAAGUUCAGUGGGCAAACUCCAAGUUGAAGUCAGAAUGUGAUGCUCAUCACUCAACUCGUUCCAAGCUUGCUGGAAUGGAUGCUAAAGUAAGAGAAGCAAAGGAAGAAGCCGAUAUGAUUAGAGCAAACUGUCAGGCCAUGAUAGAUAAGUACCAGAAUUCUGAGGAAAUCCAGUCAAAUGCAUUGGGCUCAAAGUUGGAAAAACUGGAAGGGGAUCACUCAGACUUACAAGGUCAGUUUGAGAUGAUGAAAUCUAAAUAUGAAAAUAAGUGUGUUGAUGCAGAAGAUGCAAACCGGCGCUUGGAGCAAAUCAAAGACCAGUUAUUUGAGAAAGAAGCUGAUUACAGGAGGAUUUUGGCAGAAUCUAAGACUCAAGAAAGUGACAAAAACAACCUUGCCAAUCAGCUAGAAGAUCUUGAUGAGCGUCUGAACUCCUACAAUGAGUUGAAAGCAGAAUUGAAAAAUGCUUACCACAAUAAUCAAGUCUUAGAUACCGAACUGAUAAACAUACGAGAACGUGUUGAAACUGUUGAAAAGUGUAAUAAAGAGCUCACUGGAAAAGAAAAAGAUAACUUAGAUUACUUUCAAAAAAUAUCAGGCAAAAAUGCAGACUUGCAACUGGAAGCCAACAGCUUGAAAAUGGAGUGUGAGGGUAAGAACAAAAUCAUCAGCAGUCUUACAACAGAACGAGAUGAGUUACAACACAAGUUUUCUGAGGUAUCCCAAAAGUAUUCAAGUCAAGUCGGGGAAUCAACCUCAAAUAUUUCUGAUUUGGAAGUUAGAAUCAAAGAGUUGGAGCAGUGUAAAUCUGAGUUAGAAACCCAAGUUCAUGAUCUCAAGAAUGAAUCUGUUGUUUCAAAAAGGAGGCACCAAGCUGACAACAAGGACCUGAUCCGUCAAAUAGAGCAAUUCAGAAAACAGUUUGAGAGACAGGAGGAGAGCAUGAGGCGCACUGAGUCUACUAAUUCCUUAGAGAGUGGAGGUGGUGAGAGGCCUGAUCGUUCUGGUGCAUCAAGUGAAGCUGGAGACAGUGCAUCUGUUAGCAAUGAUAGUGGUGCCACCAUGAGUCUUGAAAACGCUCGUAUUCUUUUGAUAGAGCGCCUCUGUUCCUUACAGAAAGCCCUUGCAAAGCGCCAAGAAAAGAUUGAGUUUUAUGAAAGUCAUGUUAGUACUCUUACGAAAGAUGUUAUGAAGAAAUCUAAAAUAAUUCAGAGCUUACUUCUCCGAGUUGAAACGGGUGAACGAACUAAAUUGGCUAGUGCAGCGUACAAAAGAACAGCACCAUCAGCUACGCUGGCUGAAAGCUGGUGGGGCACUUCCAGUAAUGGGAUGACAUUGAAGCUGUCCACUGAAAUAAAUGAAAAGUUACAGCAAGUUUUAGAGGAUACUUUGUUCAAAAAUAUCACUCUCAAGGAAAAUAUUAAAACUCUCGGAGAUGAAAUUGAUCGACUUAAUGAAAAGAGAUAAUGAGUGCCCGAUUUGUUUGUUCAACUCGAAAGAGUGUAUUCUUAGAGUUCACAUUGCCCAUUGCAGUGUAUAGAUCAUUAUAUAUUUUGCAUGGAUCCUUAUUUGGAUUUCAAGGAGCUGGAAGAUUUUGGGAAAACAUUUGGCCUCCAAUCCACUGUUUAUGAUACCAUCUGACGUAGAUUUUUUAUUCAGUUAUUGUACUUACAAUAGAAUGUUAUGAUAAAAUUGGAUAUUUGAAGCUCGAACCUGUAUCAUAAAGAUUUAAAUUGAUAACUGAUAUAGAUCAUAAAACUUAUAUGGGAUUUUACCAAGUAUUUGAAAAAGUUAAAGGCUACCGCUUAAAUUAUUCUUUUUAAUGAUUAAUUAUGGUUGAAUGCUUAAUGAUGGAAUUUUAUACUUUCAAUUACGCAAUCUUCUUCUUAACGUCGUCAGAUGUAGAACUACAUAGCUUAGAUUUCCUGCAAAUAUUGUGAUUUUAUCCUUAAACUUGAAACUUGGUUGAUAACCUAAAACUUAAUAACCCAAAACUUGUUAACCUUUUAGGUUAAUUUUUUGUCAAAAAUAUUGCUGCUUUAAAAUAGUAAUUUUUGUAACUUAGAGCAGCGUUAUGACUUAUGAUAUAAAAGGUUCAAAAAUUUCAGAUAACAUAGUCUGUUGUAGAUUUGUAGCUGUAGUUUAGACUUAGGGGUGUAGCCCAAUAUACAUAAUAUUAUAUACUUAUAUUGAUAUAAUUUCAAUCUGCCUUGUAUUAAAUUUAAAUUUUGUUUUCUACAUUUAAUUGGUUUAAUGAUGCUGUAA